UUCUCUUCACAGUUUUAUCAAAACAAUCACUCUCAAGUUCUCAAAUCAAAUUCAGUUUCAGUGUUCGAAGCUUUGAAUAGCAAUGGCACCAAAGGCAGAGAAGAAGCCGGCGGAGAAGAAGCCAGCGGAGGAGAAGAAAGCCGAGAAAGCGCCAGCGGAGAAGAAGCCACGAGCGGAGAAGAAGCUGCCCAAGGACUCGUCGGAGAAGAAGAAGAAGCGGUCGAAGAAGAGCGUCGAGACUUACAAGAUCUACAUCUUCAAAGUGCUGAAGCAAGUGCACCCAGAUAUCGGAAUCUCGAGCAAAGCCAUGGGAAUCAUGAACAGCUUCAUCAACGACAUUUUCGAGAAGCUUGCACAGGAAGCGUCUCGUCUCGCGCGAUACAACAAGAAGCCCACCAUAACUUCUCGCGAGAUUCAGACUGCUGUUCGUCUCGUUCUUCCUGGGGAACUCGCGAAGCACGCUGUUUCUGAGGGCACUAAGGCUGUUACGAAGUUUACAAGCUCUUAGGGCUUGUUUGGGUGUUUUUGAAUUUAGGGGUUGUAAUUUUUGUUUUUUUGUGAUGUAUAGUCUGGCUUCUCUGUGUUUGGAGUUAGAUUUGGUAGGGUUUUUCUGUAAUUCUCUGUUCUAGAAAUGAAAUUUAGCUUUUGUGGAA